AGUAUUACCUCUACCACGUUAGAAAAUCAGUCGUAUUGGUUAUCAAAUAAUAUGGAUGCACCGAUAGUAACAAUCAAACAAGGUAAACUGAAAGGCUAUAUUCGAACUGACAUUGACGGUGGUCAAAUUGUCUCAUUCGUGGGAGUGCCGUAUGCCAAACCGCCAGUUGGACAGUUGAGGUUUAAGGCUCCUUUACCGCCUGAACCAUGGGAGGGGAUAAAGGAUGCUACCCAGGACGGCAACAAUUGCUACGCAAAGGAUCUAAUUCUCAAAACCGUUGUUGGUUCUGAAGAUUGUCUGAAUCUAAAUGUGUUUACGAAAAGCCUUCUAGAUUCAAAUGCCGCGUUAAAACCAGUUAUGGUGUUCCUCCACGGUGGAGGGUUCUUAUCAGGAUCAAACAAGCCCGAUAUGUACGGACCAGACUUCCUACUGACUCAAGACGUCGUCCUCGUAGUACCAAACUAUCGUCUGGGCGCUUUGGGGUUUCUAAGUUCCGAUGACGUUACUAUAGGGGUGCCUGGAAACGCUGGACUGAAAGACCAGCUCUUGGCCCUCCAGUGGGUGCAGGAAAAUAUCAGAAACUUCAACGGCGACCCCAACAAUGUGACGAUUUUCGGAGAGAGCGCUGGCAGCGCUUCAGUUCACUACUUGGUGCUGUCUCCGAGGGCGAAGGGCCUAUUUCACAAGGCGGUGUUGCAGAGCGGGACCGCUUUGAACUCCUGGGCACACGGACAGCAGGUGAUGGUAGCCCUAGCGAAGAAGAUGGGUCACUACGUAAAUAGCGACAGAGAGGCGUUGGAUAUACUGAGAGAAGCUCCCUUAAAACUAUUGUUAGAGGCACAAGAAGAACUGGACAAGGAAAGAAUACCGUCAGACAAGCCUUUUUUCGCACCAGUCGUCGAAAAACCCAACGAUACAGCUUUUAUCACGGAAACACCCAUCGACAUAAUCAGGUCUGGAAACUACAACAAAGUUCCUUUAAUGAUCGGUUACACCUCGAGAGAGGGAUUGCUACUGGCGACGUACGACACGUUUGCUUCAAUGCAGGGAACAGUUGAAAAUAAGUUCCCACCGUGCUUCGAAGACAUCAUUCCAUGGCAGAUAGGAUUGGAACGUGGAAGCGAUAUUAGCAAACAGGUGUGUCAAAAACUGGAGAAAACUUAUUUUCAAGGUCCCGAUGUUAUCGACAAUACGCAUAUGCUGACAUCAGACUCCCUAUUUGUAGCGGGAAUAUUAGCUACAGUGAAGAAUCACUUGGAAACGUCGCAGAAUCCAAUUUAUCUAUACAGAAUGUCUUUGGAGGCUGAGUUGAAUGUUAUUAAGCAUUUCACGAAAAUAACUGCUCCAGGUGCAUGCCACGCUGACGACCUUGGGUACCUCUUUAAAGCUAUAUUGACUCCUCCGAUUCAACCAGGUAGUAUCGAGGAAAUAUCACUGAGAAGAUUUGUGAAGUUGUGGACGAAUUUCGCCAAGUACGGAAAUCCUACGCCUGAUGCGAAUGAACUUGGAAUAAUAUGGAAACCAGUGAAACAAGGACAGCUUAAUUUUAUUGACAUUGGAACAGACCUCACUGCUGGAGUUGAUCCUGAACCAAAGACAAUACCAUUGUGGAAGGAAAUCUAUCAGCUAAAUCCAGAUACAGCCAAUUUUUUGUAGGAUAGCACGAUGUUUAGAUACGCCUGUCGGAAGUGUUGGUGACAUUGACAACCGUUUCGCUAAACAUAUGCACAUUUGUAUGCUUUACCCUUUGAAUGGUGUAAACAUCACAUCUCACACUAGCCCAGUCGGUAUCUGUUUUAAAAGUAGGAUGUUUCAUAUAGUAACGCUAAUUUUUGUUGGAAAUAGUUAUAAAUAUUAUGU